CUCUUGCUCUCCGCGGAUUCUUUUGGGUCUUUGAUGUAAGUGAUCAGUACGACAGCUACUUAUUUUGUGAUCAUUUCUUGAACGGAAAAGAUGUGCGGUUUUGUGACGUUAAUUCUUAUCGCGGUGAUCAUUUUCCAAGAGGGUUUCGCUCAGCUUUUGGACGAUGAUUGUGAUGGUCCAAAGCGGAUAGGCUAUAGAAUAAUGAACGGGGUCGACGAGUAUACCGCUCCAUUUAUGGCCAGCUUGUACAAUGGUACCGAAUUCCUGUGUGGUGGAACGCUUAUACACAAACGAUUCGUACUAUCGGCUGCACAUUGUUUUCAAUUUCGUUGUGGUGCUAGGUUUGAACAAGGAAGUUGUUUUCAAGAUUUGGAUAAAGUAAACGUCAAAUUGGGAGAAAACAACCGAUCGUGUCCGCCAUCGAAAUGCCCUCACGUCCAGAGUCGUGUUGGUGAAGUUAUAAGUCAUCCCGGUUUCAAAAAAGGGAACGGUGAUGAUAUAGCUCUACUAAAACUGGACACUGAAGUGAGUUUUAGUGGUAAGCUAAAUAAAGCUUAAAAAAAGGUUCCUGAUUUCAGGAAAAUUCAUAUAUUUUUCAUCUUCAGAGAAAAUGCGUCCGAUUUGCAUUAUCCUUGAUGAGGAGGUAACAUCCGAUGGAAUCGACAUCUUCUCUUCUUAUGGAUGGGGUAUUACUGAGAAUUACGUGGCAAGUGAUCAACUGAAGUCCGUCAUUCUCAACCGACAAAAAUGCCAUCCGGGUAAAAUUUGCGCUGGCGGGAAUCAUACAGAUACCUGUACCGGUGAUUCUGGAGGACCACUGGCAGCGAACACAACAUAUAGAGGUAAAACUGUGUUCGUAGAGUAUGGUGUAGUAAGCCACGGGUCAAGAGGCUGCACAGGCCGUGGGAUAUAUACAGAUGUUAGUGCCUACAAAUUUUGGAUAGCCAAUACCGUGCUAGAAUCAGAACCAAGACUCUUGACUGAGAGAUGCAGAAGCGAUUGGGGAGGUCAAGUUUUUAUCCGCCUAUGGGAGAUGUCACUAUUUCAAUAUAAUUUCUAUGGAGCCCUAAUCACAAACCAAUUCGUCCUCACUGCUGCGAGUGCUUUCCCCUCAAAUGUCUCUAAAAU